GUUCAGAUCUAUUGUUUACCUUUAUUUUAUGAAAAAUUUGGCGUAAAAUAUUUAGGAUUAGAAGAAUAUCUUUUCAAUCCCCACAAUUAGUUUCCUUCUCGCUGAACAUGUGGAUCUGUAUUCACUAAACAUAGCCAGUAAAAUAGGGGAAUUCCCCUGUUUUGUCUGCGCGCUCAAUGCGCAGCAGGUUUAAGAGGGAGACGUCAGACGCCAUAUUAGGUGUACGAAAAAUCCUAAGGUUUCGGUAAAGCUUCACAUUUUUACUAGCCCAGCGAAUGUUACGAUCUGUUAAUGUAAGUUCCAGUGACAAGAAGUGAUAGAGAACAAACAGGGAUAGAAAAGAAGUCUGCUGGAUAAAUGUGCAGGUUUACAUAACUUAAUUUAGAUCUACGCAAACCCGGUUUUAUCCUGAUCUGACGUUUGAAAAUUCCCUUACGCGCUGGGAUUGGUGAUAACCGGAUUUCCAGUUUAUCCAGUACGAGUCAUUAAAAAAAUUCAUGCAGUUUCCAUACGUGAUACAAAAUAUAACUGUUACAGUAAAAACUUGAAAAGGAAACAAUGGCAGAGAAGAGGUGUGUUAUAGUCCGUUUUCCUGAAGGUAUUCCUAAAGAAGACUUGAGAACGUACUUCACUUCCUAUGACCAACACGCUGUAGUUGUAAUGACAUCAAAAACCCAGGCUCUUAUUACAUUUACAACAGAAACAGCUGUUAACCAAGUCCUAACCCAAGAGGAUCACUCUGUGAAUGGAGUUAACAUUACUGUACAACAGAAGCCACCAGAGCCAUUCAAAUGCAUAGAAGGGCGUAUUAACAGCUUUUGGACUAGGGACUUGGAAUCAGUAAGACCAAUACUGGAGAAAGUAGCAAAUGACACUGGCUGUAGUGUGAUGUACAAGGAAUCUGACAUUGUGCUGAGAGGCAACUUCUAUCAGGUCAAAGAGGGACAUCGUAAGCUGGCGGAGGCAUUUGCCAACCUUUGUCUUGAUGCCAAGCCGCCAUCUUGUUUUACUGCAGAAGACGAAGCAGAGAUUGAAUCAUUUGAGCAUGUGGAGAAACACGACUUGCAAGAAGAAUUCCUAGAAAAAUCAGAAGAGCAGAAGUCUGGAUCAAGAACUAAAAUAACAGCAGCAAUAACAACCACUGCACCUGAUGAAAGGGAUCAGAAAGAAACAGGACAUCCUGCUAAUGCUUUGAGAAAAAGUUCAGCAAGUGAGAAGUCAGGCAGAGAAAUCCCUGCAAAGAAAAAGUCUGAUGAAAACUUGGCACGGUCAGAUAAGGAGACAAAAGCAUUUUUUGAAAAAUCUCGGCCAUAUGAGGAUGACUUGCCAUCCCCUGUAAUUAGAUCAGGAAAGGGAUCUCCACUGGCAGCUAGCGCUUUAACGAGAAGCAGCAGCGAAGAUGAGAACGAGUUGUGUGUAGAUCACCAUCUCUGGUUGUACAUUCGCUAUAUAGCAAUGCUAAUCCUUACUCAGAUCCAAGACAAAUUUGGUGUGAAGUUCCUCCCUGCAUUUGGUGAAGAACCAAGCUACGAUGUUGUUCAUAUUGAAGCAGAUGAGAAAGGCCUACCAGAAACUAUUCCAACAAGAAGAGCCCAGGCUAAAGAAGAGUUCAUUCAACUUUAUCAGAAACUGUCAGAAGAGUUAUUGGUGACCUCUGAAAAAGUACCCAGUACUCCAGACAUCUGUCGCCAGGUAGUACUCGAUGUUAUCGAGGAACUGAAAUUAAAAUAUGUAAAUGUUGCCUAUGAAUAUGUUGAAGAGACCAACAUCUGUUUUUUCAUUGGUCGUCCUUUUUAUGCUUUGCAAGCAAGAGAUGAGUUUGUCAAGCUUUUGAAAGAGAAACUGCCUGCAGAAUUAUUUCAAAAUUACCAUCGCCGAGACCCAUUCACCCUUGAAGACAUACUUGACAGAGGGGGUCCAAGGCACGAUGAAACCCAAGAAGAAGAUCCAAUACCUGAUGACACUCAAAAUGAAGUGCAAGAGUCAGUCCAUGAAAAACAUUUCAUCCAAUGUGUACAAGAUGUGAAAAUGAAUGAUGAUUCAGUUUUACAAAUUCUCUUUGUCACAAAUUUUUCUGUCAUGGUGUAUACAGGAGACAUUGUUGAAGAAAAUGUUGAUGUCAUCGUUAGUGCAUCCAAUGGAUUCCUGGCAAAUGCUGGAGGGGUGGCAGCCGCCAUUUCUGACGCUGCAGGAAGAUUGCUCGACAGAGCAUGUGCGCGGAUACUUAUGGAACGAGGCCAUCCUUUGGAAGUGACUGAAAAUGAAGUGACCACAGCUGGAGAUCUCCAGGCCAAGUACGUAAUACAUGCUGUUGGCCCUCAGCUCAGAGAUUACCCAGAUGAUGUUGAUCGUCUGCAGAAACUGAAGCUGACUUUUGUGAACAUCUUCAGGAGAGCUGAUGAAUUAAAGCAAACAACUAUUGCCCUACCAGCAAUCGGUGCAGGUGCUGCUGGUGUACCUCUCAAUGAUGUUGCCGUGGCUCUGUUUUCUGCUAUUAAUCAUGUUGCCAAACGUAGGCAAAGUGGCCGCUAUCUUAGUCUGAAGGAAAUUCAUGUCCUGAACAUUGACCCUGAAGCCACCAAAGUUGUCCAAGACAUUUUCAUGCAGGAAUCUGUCACAGUUCCAGCAAUUUCAUCGAAAAGUGUGAAAGGACCAGUCACAGAAAUUGAAGGAGCAGUCCAAAAGCUUUUAGAGAGAGGUGACGCGAGGACCCAGGAAGUGAUCAAUGAACUUUUGGAUGAAACUGAACGUAUUGGACAACUUGAACAAGGUAGAUCAAGGCGAGGUCUCAUGGUGGAAUCGGUCCUUGAAGAAGAACCAGGAUGUAAGACACAUCCAAGAACAGAAGAAGAAGCCAUUUUGGCUAUGGAACAACAGAGAUCUAGGCCACCCCGGCAUCACCAACCACAAUAUGGGGAUGUAGAGCCAGGGUGUAAGACCCAUGCAAGAACAGAAGAAGCAGCCAUUCAUGCUCUGAAACACCAAAGAUCACCCAACUCUCCAAGGCGUCAUCAACCAACAUAUGGUGGUGCAGAACCACAUGCCAAGACCAACCCCAGAAGAGAUGAUGAGAUGCGUGGUUCAGUGCCACAAUCCCAGCCUCAGAUUAUCCAAUCCCCAAAGGCCUCUCGCCCAGUCAAGAACAUUGGCCAGCGUUGUGCUUUCUGCAGCUUUGACCAUAACCUAUUGCGCUUGUCCUGCAAUCACAUUUUGUGUCGGCCAUGUUGGGAAUCAAUUCCACUCGAUACCUUUGGGAGACAUCCUUGCCCUUUCUGCUCUGGGAAAACUUCAUCUCCAAAAAGAAGGACAACUGCUCCUCCUCCAACUACCACAACAACUGCUAGAGAACCAAAAAAUCAGAAUACUGUGGGGCAAGUUUAUGACCUGCCAGGCAAUCUACGCCAUGUGACAGAUGAACGUCAACUCCCAGGAUACCGUGGACACUCCACCAUAAUUCUUCACCUGGACGUCCCAGAUGGUGUGCAGAAGAAAACCCAUCCAUACCCAGGAAGACCAUACAAAGGCACCAAAAUAAUGGGUUAUCUGCCAGACACACCUGAGGGAAGACAAGUUCUCAGUUUGUUGUAUGAUUGCUUUAAUGCUGGAAAGAUGUUCCGAGUGAUCAGGUCAAAGAGCAGUGGAAUGGAUCGAGUGGUGUCCAAUAUUCCUAUUAAGACUGAUGUGUAUGGAGAGAGUGGUUACCCCGACACCAAUUAUCUCCCACAGCUUCAAGAACGCCUGUGUUCCCUGGGUCUGCAGUGAACUUGUACAAGUACAUAACAAGGAAUGAUCAUAUAAUGGGCAGUCAGCCACAUUUAUAUGUAGACUAUUAAUAACAUAGAAUAUUAGGGUAUAUUAUAGAACUGUAAUUGUUGCAUCUUUAUAUCUUUAAUAAUUCAUUGAUGUGAAACUUAAACAAGUAUAUGCAUAUACCAAGUUGAUAUAUAAACAUGAAGUUAUGUGUAAAUUAAUUCUUUUGAUGUGUAGAUUUGGUAGCAUCGAUGUACAUGUAUAUGUGAAAACAGAUGCUUGUUAAAUACAUGAUUUCCUUUGCAAGAACUUUCAGAAUUAUCUAAAAAUAAAACUAAAUUUGUAGUGUGAAAAGAAAAAAAAAGGUUAUUGAAGUUUUAUUGUAACCUUAUUUUAAAGGCACAAUAUGUAAGAUGUGUAGAAAUUGUAUUUGAAAUAUAUUAUCAGCUAAUUCGUAAAUUGCUAAACGCUAAUAUGUAAAUUUUGGAUAAGUACCUUUGAAUAUUUCUUUCCAUUAAGUUCACAGACAUAAGGCUGAACCCCUGAGGUGAAUGAUAGUUUGAAAAGAUAUCUUAGCCUCUGUUCUGUAUACCAUACUGAAUGGUGGACUGAAAAUUUGAAGGCAAAUAUUUACUAGAUAACUGUUGGAGUUUGAAAACUGGGUAACACAUUAGCUGAAUUACAUGCCCUGUAGCAAAAUGUACACAAUGAGAACAUCCUGGAAAUUUCAACAUUUUUAAUAUACCAGGUCCAAAUAUAUAUAUGGCUUGAAAAGAGGUUUAUAUAUAAUUGUAACAAUUUUGGAUAAGAUGUACUGCAGUGAUUAAGGGGAACAUUAUUAAUUUUCUUGCUAGCUCAUGCAUCGAUAAUUUUUUAAUUUGCAUUCGAAAUGUAAAAAAUUAUUUUUCUUACCUACCGCAGAAUAGUCUAUUAAGCAAAGGGAGUAGAGAUGUCCUCCUUCCAAUUUUACAAGGAUUUUCAGCAAAAAAAAUGUGGUUGGGUUUAGACCUGAUAAUUGCUUUAUAAAGCAUUUUGAGCUUAUUUUUGGUGUGCCAUCUGUUACAAAAGCUUUAAAUUCAGCACAAAUAUGUUCUGGAGAGGCCUACAUGUGUAACAUGACGUUUGCUUGCUAUUUGCUACGCAGCAUUAAAGGCCAAAUAUGAACAUGCAAAGUUGGAAGCAUAUUUGAAUAACCAUUUGUAAAUCAAAUAUAUGUGCCAUGCAUGUUACAUGUUAUAUGAUAAUCUUAUAUCCUAGUGCUAUUGUAUUGUAAUCUAGUUCCUUUGAAAGAAUUGAGUCAAUACCAUGUGUGUUAAAUAUUCAAGAUAUAUAUGUACAAAAUUUAAUUAUCAUUCUGAGUUAUUGGUGUUUCAUCUUUGCUUUCAAUUUCAAUUAUCAGACUGCAAAAUGGUGUGGAAAAAAAAUUUUAUCGGAUUAUAUUGUAAUUUUCUUUAGAACAGCUACUUCCUUGGAAGAAAAGAAACAGAAGAUCAAGUAUUAAGUGGAGCUGGGCUGGGCAUUCAUAUUAUUGAUACACCAAGCAGAGACUAAGAAGCUACUUGACCAGUGAAAUGAUUGCUCAGCACAGGCAUAGUGAAAUCACUUUGUUUAUCGCCAACUCUAAAUACAGGUUGUCCUCUUAAUUCAUCUUAAAAUGUUUUUGACUGUUUAUUAAAUGAAAAAAGGACAAUUUUGAAGUUAUUUUUGUUUGGAAUUAAACAGAUGAGUUUAGUGUUAGAGAUGACGUUGAACAAAAGCUUAAAUGUUGAGAACUGGACCUGUUACUUUAUUAUUACUAUUUAAUAACGUUUACCUUCUGCUUUGGUUAUUAGUUUGAGUUCAUUAAGCCCCCUUUACACUGGACGGCGUCCUUUCUGCGUCCAGCAGUACGGUCCUAUUUGAGAGU